ACACAGAAGCAAAAUGGCCGAUAGUAAACUAACCGAUCAUACAGCGUCUGACAGUCAGCAAGGGGUUAUGCAUGUUUUGUUUACAGCUUGAGAACUACAGUCGCUCCAAAAGGAUACUCGCUUUUCCUCAGUUUUUUCUACGAUUAACAUUUCGGUUUUCGGUGAUGUCAUUUCUUAUUCAAUUUAGCCUUGAACGCCUCGAAGAACUAGCUCGCUAGGCUAGCUACCUUGCUAGCCUGCUAGCGGUAGGUCUGCGAGGAUUUUUGCACAGAAGCACUUUAUGUCCUGUGUGAUUCCCGAGGUGAGUGUUUCACUUUAACCUUUAUAUAUUUUUACAGCUUUCCCGGUACACAGCGUCAGUAAUGUCUGCUUUUAUGGAGCAAACGUUUGGUUUCUCUGUUUAGCAGGGAUUCGCUUGUUACGCGUUGCAAUGUUGGAGAAACGUCACUGAAGUUAGUCGGUAAAUAUGGCCCUGUCGACCGACACAUACUGCUCAACCAGGAUGCAAGCCACACGUCCACUGACUUUGUAGCCGUAUUUGUGCACAUUGUAAAGUUUUCAUGCUGGAGGCUUCGUGGAAAACGUUGUGUUUGGUAUUAUGGGCAUAUCGUCCGCAAAUAUGACGUUCCUUUUGCCAGCAGCUAACUGCGCAGAGGUUAGGUUGCUUGCUUUUGUACAGCCCACCGCCGCAAGCCCCUCGAGCUGUACCUGUCGGUCUUAUCAUCUGCUGUAAUGGCGAUUGACAUUAGAUUGUGGCUCACCUACAGGGUUGUUUCUAAAGGGGUGACCAAAAGCGAUAUGGGCCCCCCUUGUAAUCGAUUGGUCUCCCCAAAUGCCACCCUAAAAAUCCUGAACUGUGAUUGGUUUUGGCGGAGUCAGAGGCGGGACUUAUGUUAUAAUCAAGGUUUCGAACUGUGCUGUAACAGCUUGUUAAUUCUUUGCACUGCAGUGUAGCUCAUUUUCUUUUGUUAGUACUUUGCACUUCAAUUUAAUAAGACAGGUGAAAUGGAGAGAUGCUGGUUAAACAGAAAUAUUGGAAAUGUCCCUGAAUCCUGACUAUAAAAGAGCCUGCUGACAAGCCUUGAAUAUCUCGGUUUUUAAACAUACCUUGAUUUUGAUCACAUCCUGGAAAUGAGUUUGAAAUGCAUGCAGAGAAGCCUGCUUAUUUAUAUCCCAGGACAUGCUGCAUGAUAAUUAUCGGCACCUCUGUUUCUUAUCACUGCAUCUUAAUCAUGCAAACCCCUGUAAUGUUUACUGUUGACAGCACAUACCAAAGCAAUUGUGAAAUCUAAGAAAAAUGAGACCCGUGGCAUGCCGACAUUAAAUUACAAAUGUGGCAUUUCCACCUCAUUUCCAGCAAAGAGAGAAGGGAAAUACAGGCAGUAUCAAAAAUGUCCUCAACUUGGACUUGUGUAAGCCUGUAAGGACACUGAACAAUGACUUGAGAUGACCAGCGGUAAGUGGUCUAAACUUUAAAUUAUGGUUGAAUCAGUCAAUACCAAAGACAAAAUUCAGUUAUUUUGUCACUCCACUUAAAAUGGAUUUGAUCGGGGAGAUAAAAAAGGGUCGUCCAUUGACUCUGCAGCAGCUAGUCCUUUUGUAUUCUGUUACUGACAUGAAAUUCAGGUUGUCGUUGGUUCCACUGCUACAAAAUCUGUCUGAAAGAAGUUGUUUUUACAAGUGAUUAUGAAAAAGAUUUGUAUUUCUAUGUUGUGAAGAAAAGGAAUAAGGCUGCAUGAUGUCCAGUUAGCCCUCAUUAGUACUGUGUGACAUGGUGGUGUUAAUUAUGUGCAGCUUAGCCAAAGAAACACUGGACCCAGACAUAUUUACAACUCUUAAGUUCAUGAGAUCACAUUACAUUUCAUUGUGUAUCUGCGUUUUUACCUCAUCCUCCUAUGAAGUUUUUCUUUCCACAAAUCAUCCUGAUGUUUACAUGGGUGUAUUUGUGUGUUUGCAUUUCUGAAUGAUUCAUUUUUAACAUAGAUAAAGGCAGGUGUGAGGUCAGCAAGAGCAAGCCUUUCAUAACAUCAGACACAUCAUGUCAUCUGUUAUAAGUUUAUCUUCAAUCAUACUAAAAUUUCCUACUGUAAUGCAGAGGAUUCAAACUUAUCAGAGUUUGAAGUCUCUUGUUUGUUUGGCUGCUGUCUGUGUUGUCUGUUGGUUGAAAUUGCAAUCGUCUGCUGCUUAAUAAAUAAUGCAGUAUGAAGCUAGGCUACCAGGGCUGUUGUCAAGCUGGCUCUGGUUAACAUUACAGUUCUUACAACGUUAACUGGAUAGAACAAUAUUCAGUAUUAACCUGAUAAAAACAUGGACCAUUAAUUCUGAGUCUGUCUAUAUUUUUGCGUAGAAAUGGUACGUUUUUGUUGUGCAUUGAUUAUUUCUUUCUCCAUGACUUAAAGUGUAACAUUAAUAAUUGAAUGUGAACUUUUUCUUUUCAGAUAGGAGAAUCAGGAAAGGGAACAGUAGUUCAUGGAAGACAAGAAAAAGAAGAAAGAAGAUAAAAAGAAAAGGGAAACCUCUCAGAAGGUAGGGAUUCAAGUCAGAAAUUCACAACUUGCUCAAACUUGACCAUUUCUUGAAGAGAGUCUGUCUGAUCCCUCUGCUUUUACAUCUUAACUGCAAACACAGCCAAAGUUGUCUUUGUUGAAUUUAUUGCAGAUAAAAUUAAUUUUGUUUGGUAACUGAUGUUUCUGCCUCGGUGCUAUGGGAAUACUUUUUUAAUAAUUGGAAAUAUUCAAAGAAGUGUCAUGUACCACGUAAUUUAUAUUUGAACUUGAACAGUGCCUUUUUUUUAGUAUAUUUCUUAGUUUUGGUAACUGGCCCAAAGCCUGGUGAGACUACGGUCUCAGUACAUGCAUUUUUGUGGGUGGUUAUACUAAGACAAAAUUUACUUAUUGUUUUCUAAAUGAUCAUUUGCUCAUCAGUGUAUCUGACUCUCUUAUUUCUUGUAUUUUAGGUGCCAGAACAGAAAAUCAAAGGUAUGUUUAUCCCCCUGUGUUCAUUUUGCCAUCAGACUACUUUUCCUUUGAAAUAUUCAGACUUUCAUCCAAAAACACUUGUGCUUCAUCUUUGAUGUCUUGUUGAUAGACUUCAAAUAAUCACUAUUACCCUAUCGUUCUGAUUAAUGUCAUAUAUUUGGUUGACCUGUGGAGGUGUCACAUUGGGGUUAUGAUUGCACACAAAAAAUUUUAAUCUCCCAAAUUAUUAGCAAGGAGGUAUCCUAAUGUUCUUGUGCAUCUCAAAAGAGUAGAUUAUCAUGAGAAAGUUCAGUAGUUUUUAACAAUAAUUCAAGAUUGUGAAAAUAAAUAGUCUGGACAUGACAAAAAAAACGAAUCCAGAUUCUUUCAACCAUUUAGUUUGGACUCAGCUCAGCAAAUAUAAAUUGAUAUUGAGAUGUUUCUUCUUUUGUUUGAAUUUGAGUAAAUAACCUCUCAAGCAUUAUGAAUAUCAUGCAUUUGUAAGUCUAGAACACUGCCCAACCACAAUCAUGAGGAAGGCCGCUGACCUGACAGUUGUUUAAAGGACAAUCAUGGACACCCUCCACAAGGAGGGUGAACCACAUAAGGUCAUUGCUGAAAAGCCUGGCUGUUCACAGAGUGCUGUAUCGAAGCAAAUUAAUGGCUGGAACAGAAAAGUGUGGGAGGAAAAUGCACCCAAGCAACUGGGUUGACCACACAGGAUUGUUAAGAACAGCUGAUUCAAGAAUGGCAGAGCUUUAUAAGGAGUGGAUCAUGGCUGGUGUCAGUGCACUAAGAGCCACCAUGCACAUAUGUCUCCAGGAAAGACUCAUUCCUAAUAUAAAACCACACCUAAAUGAGUGAUGUCAGAAGUGUCUCACCUGGGCUAAGGACAGAGAGAACAGGACUAUUGCUCAGAUAAAACUGAGAUUUUGAAUUUCAUUUGGAAAUCAAGAGUCUGAGGAAAAUCAGAGAGGCGCCAAAACUACUGACAAAUGGCUUGUUGACUAUUUCUGGGCUUGGUUGGCCGACUAACUACCCUUACCCAAACCCAUGCGAGAGUCUUUUGGAUUUUGAUAGAGAAGAGGAAUAUGCUGAACACGCUGAAGGCUGGUAUAAAAGCAACUCGGCCUUCAAUAACAGUGGCCAUGUCUCUGGCUGAUCAUCGUCAUUGACGCAGUUAUUUGUGGUCGAGGAGUAUUGAGUGUAAAAAUGAACCAACUUUUCAGAAGUUGAACAAGUCUGUAUUUUAAAUCAGUUUUGGUUGAACUAAAAAUAUUCAAAUGAAGAGAUUUCUGAUUUUCAUGAGCUGCAAAUCAAAUUGAAAACAAGACUGACCUUUUUGACUUCAGUUAUUAUAAAAAAAAAAAAAUCAUGAUUUCUAAAUUAAAUGCGAUGUACCUGCUUAUGCAACACGAUCUACAGGUUAUUCACAAACUUAUUUUUUUGUGUGUGUUUUAGUGCCAGAAUCAGCCAAACCCUCCUGCUCCCAGCCACUUGCCACCCAAGGCUCAGUGUCCCCCAGCCCUGGCCCUCUUGCCCCCCCAUCCCCCAGUCCGGGUGCAGCACAAGUUCCUCCUGGUGGUGGGAACAAUGCAAAGCAGCGGACUGCUGUGGCCAACGGACAGCCCUCCUCCUCCCCCUCUGGAAGCCAGACAUCCCAACAGCAGCGAUACAUGUCGAGAGAGGUUCCACCGAGAUUUCGCUGCCAGCAGGACCAUAAAGUGCUACUGAAGCGGGGCCAGCCACCGCUGUCCUCCAUGCUGCUGGGGGGUGGAGGGGGGGAAGGGGGUGCAGGAGUGGCUGUGGGAGGUGGUGGUUGGGCAGCCUCUCCACCUCUGCCCUCACAGGGAGCAGAAAACCCCAAUGCAAACACAGCUGGAGGCACAGGUGAGUUGAAGUAUCACACCAAGAAAGAUGACAGAGGUUUAAGUCGACUGAGGACCACAAGCCAAAAUGAAGCCGAGCAUCUUACUAUAAAAAUCUGUUGUAGAAACUAUGCUGAGCAAUUUAAAGAGUUGAAAUGGUGCACAAUGAGGGCUUGAAAGCAUUUAUUUUGGUUCACUAGCCGUAAAAAAAACAAACAAAAAAUGUAACCCAAAUGUCAAAGGCAACCAAAAAGGUGUAGGCUGAAGCUAGAGGUUAUUAAUACCUAACCUCUCUUACCUCACACAAAUUCAUCUAUCACAACAACCUGUUUGAGGCAAGAGAAGCACAUAUGUUACUCUCAUUAAAUACACUUUAAUACAAACCUUUACUCAAAUUUCCAAUGCUGCAUUGCAUGAUUUGGUUAUUCUAAUAGUUCACUGAGCAUGACAGAUGUAUUUUGUAAUGCAUUUUAUAAUAUUUUUGGAAACAGAUGUUCUACGGGUCUCUCAACAGACAACAUGUUUUGAUAUUUGUAUUGUCAGUUUGUCAAAUAUGGAUCUACCUCUCACAUUGUACUGACUGUAUAAUUUGCAUUAUAUUGUGAUCUAAAGUGAGUUAAAAUUUUAGUUUAUUUACGCAAAUAAAAAGUAGUAAAAAAUAGUUGCAUCACCUUCAGGUCAUGAGCAUUUCUGUGAUUUAGAAACCAAACAUUUAUUUUUAUCAGUUUUUUUCUUACUUUUUUAUUUAGAGUUUUUCUUUAAACAUUGAACAGUAUCUGAGACAAGAUCAGUGUUAAAAAAAAUCCCAUACCUAUGUAUUGGGGCAUAUGAUGCAGAUGUAUGUCAAACAUCCAUUUAACACUGUAGUAAUAAGGAAAAACAAACAGGAUAAACAAGUAGACAUACAAAGAUAAAUUAGUUAAAAAAUAAGAAUAAGAAUAACUUUGUUAAUCCCCGAAGAGAAAUUCAAUAGAAUGGAUAAAUGGAUAUCUGAAUAAUACAGAAUGGAUAAAUGAUAGGAUAAUUAAAAAAAGGAGAGGAGGGACAUUUAUUGUUCAUAUAUGAUACAUGUAGCAGGGGUCCAAUCACCAAACCCUGUGGCACCCCAUAUGUAACCUCUGAAGGUUGAAUCUGAGGUGUCAAUACAAACAUACUAAUACAUAUCUCCUAUAAAGAUUGAAGCUGAUUUGAACAUGACUGCACUGUAAUGCUUUCACUGUGAACUAGAGGAAACAUUUCAUUUUUGUUCUUAUAGAUUCCAACCUGGGUUCAUCAUCUGCUUCACCCCCCAACUCCUCAUCCUCAUCAUGCGUCGCUGCUCCGUCGUCUUCUUCUACUACUACUUCAACUUAUGCAAAUUCCACAUGGGGGGCAGGCUCUGGCAGCCUGUCCUCUUCUCAGGGCUGCGGGAAGGUGAUUGUGGAUGGGACUGAUCUGGAGGAUUGGCCUAGCAUCCUUGGCGGGGCCAAAAUGAGUAGUGACGGAGCUGGAGGAGGGGUGCAGGAACAAGACUGCCCUGGUAACAACAACAACAGUAGUGCCUCAUGGAGUGAGAAAAACAUCCAGCAGAAGGGGGGAACCGUAGGAGGAGGAGUAGGGAACAUGGACAAUCCUUCCUCUCCUCGUUCUUCUCCUCUUUCCUCCUCUUCCUCGCUUAAUGAAUGUGUUCAGUCGAGUGGUGGUGUGUGGGGCUCUUCCACCUCCUCUCAGGUGGAGACAGGGCUAGGAUCAGCAGCAUUUUACAAUUCCAAAGUCUCCCAUCUUCUUCCUGGGCCUCAGGAGAGCCCUGUGGGUGGCAGCAGUAAUGUCUCUGGUGCCAAUUUUAACCCCAACAUGAACCCCUCUGCCUGGCCAGCCCUGGUGCAGGGUGGGACAUCCACUUCAUCUAGUGACGGCCUUCCUCUACACUCGUCCAUCACUUCAGUUUCCCCAUUUUCUGCCAGCAACACCCUCGUCACCACUCACUCGCUUUCAUCUGUGAAUCAAACUGGUCUCCAUCAGCAGCACAGUGAGACAGCUGGGGGAGCCAGGGGUGGAGAACCACAGCAGCACUUAGGAAACUCGGGGCAUGAGUCAGGUUCAGGUGAAGGAGCAGGACCAAAUCACGAAAGUGUGGAUGAAAGGGACUAUGGGACUGCACGGGUUGAAGAAGAAGGGAGUGCUAAUCUCUCGAGCUCUUUGUCUUCCUCCUCUGCUGCCUCUUCUUCUUGGAGAUCCAUGCCUGCAGUGCCCACUGACCUCAAUGCUGGUGCCUCACAGGCAGAUGGAUGGGGUGGAGGUGGGACUGGAGCUCAGGUGCAGGAAGGGAACGUGUGGGGCUUCGGUAGCCAGGAUGGCAAGACAGGGUGGGCUGGGGAGGAUAAUGGUGGCUCAAAUACCACAGCGGUAUCUCAGGGAGCGUUGGAAGGAGGCAGUUCAGAUGUGGAGUGGGGUGGCACAGAAGGUGGUGUAAGUUCAAGUAACUCAGCAAUAGAGGGAGGAAGAGGAGGAGACGGGAGCAGCAGCAGCAGCAGCAGCAGUAGUGGAGGAGGUGUUGGUGGCGGUGUUUUGCAGGAAUCUGCCUCACCAAAGUUUGCAACUAUGACAAAAGCUUGGGACAAUCAGAAAGGAAUGGAAAGUGGGGAGGGGACAGUGGGGGAGUGGGGUGGGCAAGGUGGAAGCACUGGAGGUGGGAGACCCUCAUCCUCUAGCGGAGGAGGGUCCAUAGCCGGAAGCGUCGGAGAUGAUAGUGACAGCGGACAAAAGCAGGAGCAGGCGUCAUCUGCUCAACAACCCCCUCACCAAACCUCCAAUGCUGAAGUGGCCUUACUCAGCAUGCUCAACAGAUCUGACCUGGACCCCAGGGUUCUGUCCAACAAAGGCUGGGGGCAGACCCAGAUCAGACAGAAUGUGGCCUGGGACCUGGAAACUUCAAGAGGAGCGGGACACAGGAAUGAAAGAAGCACUAAAUCUGCUUUCUCAUCGGGAGCCAUGAACACUACCACUGGCUCUGGGUACCCGUCUAACAGCUCAGUGGGUAAUGAUCAAUCAGCCGGCAGUCACAAGAUGGGUCCUACAACAGUGAGAGAUGGCUGGGAUGGCAGCGCACAGUCUGGCUGUGGUCCCCACAUGCCUGGCGGUACUGUGAGGAAGCCAGGUUCACUAGAAGAAGAUAUGGAGGCCAAUCAGGGCAAGGCAGCUGGAGGCUGGGGCGAUCCCCCACCUGAAAACCAAGGCAAAGGAUGGGGGAGUGAAGAAAAAAAAUGGGGGGGUCCCACUCCCAGUAGUAGAGGAGGAAACUGGAGGGAAUUUGGAGAACAGGGUAGUGGGUGGGCAGAUGGACAAGAGGAUAAAGGGACAGGGGGGUGGAAGGGAGCAGGAAGAGGGGAGGGAGGGGGCUGGGGAGGAGACUGGGGUCAGAGAGACUCCGCACCUGGGGGAGAUGGACGAAACAGAGGUGGAAGCCACUCUGACGAGGGAUCUUCUUGGGGUAACUUAGAGGAAGGGGGAACUCAGCGAGGAGGGUGGGGAGGGGUAGAUGUGGGUGGAGGUAAAUCCCACCAGGAUUGGGAGAGUGCCAAGCCCCACACAGCAUCAGCACACAUACCAAACAGCCAAGUGGCACCAAUGAAAGCCCCAAAUCAGCAGCAGCACCAAUCACAGGGCCAGCAGCAACAAGGAGGGUGGAACAGCCGGACGGUUGGAGGUGGAGGUCCACCAUCCAAAAAUCAGAACCAAAGUUCAGGCUGGACCUCAGGCCCAAUCCCCCAAAUCCCCGGGGGUGGGUCCGACUCCCUGGAGCCUAGUGGAUGGGAAGAACCCUCCCCACAGUCCAUUAGUCGAAAGAUGGAAAUUGAUGAUGGCACGUCUGCCUGGGGAGACCCAUCCCGCUACAACAGCAAGAAUGUGAAUCUGUGGGACAAGAAAAGUGCUGCAUCUGACCAAGGUCACUGUCAGCAGGCCCCACCACCACCACCACCACCCAUGCAACAACAACCACCCAGAAGGCAGCAGGGGAUGCAGCACAGUCGGGAUGCAAACCCGGGUCGGGAUGUUGCUGUCGGUAAGCAGAUAUUACAAUCAAGAAGAAUACUCAUUUUCUCACUCUGCCUGCAGUAACUUGAUCAAGCCCAUGGCUACAAAUAUCAGAGUCCAGUAGAAAUGUUAAUGUCAGUUACAUUGACUUAACCCUCUGUAGUGGUUAAACUGAAAUGAGCGGCAUGCAAAUUCUAAUAGAAAGUGUUUCUUUCCAUCCAUGUUCAGCUCCAGGUAUGUGGGGAGGGCCCUCACAAUCCGUGGAUAAUGGUACUGCUGCUUGGGGACAGACAUCAGAUGCAGCAACAGGUUGGGGUGAUCCAGAUGAUCCCGGCAAAGCUCCAGGCUGGGGGAACCCUUCACCCAACCUCGGUAAACCUGGUAAGAGUUUGAUACCAAAAUGUUUCUUUUACAACACAGUUUUAGUAAAAAUCAGACUAUGUGUUGUUACCUGUUACUUAACAUACAACAGUAAAUCUGUGCUUUAUUAAGUGUGCAGAGAUGACAUAGUUUUGUGUGUUAUGUGUAAUAUGAAAUGUGUCCAAAAUUUUACAACUUGAUUAAAAAUAAAGUGCUUGACAUUUGAACCUAUGAUGUUAAAGCUUUAAGUUGUUAGUGUUUAGUUUAUGUGGAGGGAUGGUGCCAGGUCUCUAUUAAAGCACUAGAAUUACUCCAUUAGUUUCAUAGAGAUCUGCCUUUUUAAAAUCAUUUUUUCAGUUCAGCGGUGAAGAAAUUCAGACACAGGAUUCCCAAGAUGUUCAAAAUGAUCUUUCUAUUUUCCUGCAGGCCCCAAGCCCAUGGACAGCUGGGGUGGGAAGGGUGAGGGUUCUGUUGCAGCCUCCCGACACCCGAGCUGGGAUGAGGAAGAUGAUGGUGUUGGAGGAGUGUGGAACAGCGCUGGCUCCCAGGGAAGUAGCUCCUCCUUCAACUCAGGAGGCUGGGGUCAGACUCAUGUGGGGAAAAGAGGAAAGGCAAGUAAAAGGAGGUUUUUAACAAACCUUUUCUUUAAAAUGAUAAUUUUCAUGUCUUCCUCUUUUUACUCACUUCUAUUUUAAUUCAUUUCUGGCAGGGUGGAGCUGGAGACUCCUGGAUGAACCCAGUGUCGCGUCAGUUUUCAAAUAUGGGUCUUUUGGUAAGAAGUUCCCUCGUCUUUACAUCUGUAAAUAUGGGUUAAUGUUUGAAUGUCAUAUCUGUCAUAUUGGAGAGUUUUUUAAAAAUCGUUUAGACUAAACUGUCUCCUACAUUUAUUGUGUUAAUAGGAUAGUGAGGCCUCUGUUAUGAACAAGUGUGAAAAGACUAAAUGAUUUUUUUGUCUCAGGGUGAUGACCCAAGUGUGGACAAAAAGAUGGACGGAGACAAGAGAGGAAUGAAUGAUUAUAAUGGAGAGAUGCGAAGAGGAGGAAGAAGUGGAGGAGGUUAUCGUAUGCCUAGUUCCAAAGACAUGGGUCCUGUUGACAUGGGGCCCUAUGGUGAAAAGGUAAGCAGUUUAUCUUCAUCUUAUGUCACUAGUAUGUAAACCAUCAUUAAAUCAAACCUGGUUGAUUUCACUUCCACUUACUGGGAUUCUUUUCUUUUAAAAUUGAGUUGAUAAUUGUUUUUAAUUGUCCUGACUAGUCAUCAAAACCAUCAGUGCCGAUAAAUGUUUUCGUGUAGUAACUUGAAUGAAGGCUUACCCUGGCAUCUGAAAUAAGAAUAUAUUAUUUUAAUGCACAAACACAAAAACAGGAUACUUAAAAAAACCGGAUCAAAACUUGAUAUUCAGCUUCAUUUAAAUGCAGUCAUUUUUGAAGCCAGGAAAUCAUUUUUUAAGUUUGUUAGCCGGAAUUAUUCAGAAUUUUGUGUGAUUUUUGACAGUACGUGCCUCAAGUAGACGAAACUGAAAAAGUUAUAGGACUUAAAAAAAAAACUAGGAAUUCCAGGUGUGGAAAUGUUUGGGAAAACAAAAAACCCAGAGAAUUUUAGAAAGUCGUGUAAGUUGUCUCUGUAAAUACUUGUAUGAUAGAGUGUGUCUGUGGAGAAAAAGUGUUUAUUUUAGCCUGUCAUAAAUCUGAGUGAAGAUUCACUGUGGUGGAUUUAUACAUGGAUUUGUGUUUCUGUUUUUGAUGUGUCAGAAAAUAUUCAUUCAUAUCCAAAAGACACAGGGAAGUCAUGAGUUUUUCUAACAUCAUAUGAUUACACUUACUGACACAUGCUUUUCUCCUGUGGAAUGCUCUCCGUUUCAUCCAGAUGAGCGGUCAUGGAGUGUUUGUUGGAAGUGGCGGAGGGAUUCCUCAGCCUCGAGGGAUGCACCAGCCUGGCAUGCAUCCAAUGAACCCCUCCCAGGGGAUACGUGCUCAAGUGCCUCAUCAGUUCCUGUCAGCUCAGGUCUGUUGUCUUCUGUGUCUGAUGUUAUCAGUGAUGAUGGAUGUUGUGUUUAGGAGGAAAGGAGGGCCUCUUGAGUCCUGCCUGUCAGUUUAACUUGGCACAAACAAAAGUACUGCUCAGUUUUAUGGCUUUGAAAGAUAACAGCAGAUGCCCUGUGAUGCAGGUGUAUUUCGUGAGCUGUGUGCAGUAAACCCACAGUGAUGUUAUUUCUGUCAGUAAACUCAAGCUGAGUCAUGAAAAAAAUCUAUGUCUAAGAGAACUUAAUUUAUUUCAAACACCAUGUCAUUGUAACACACAGGUGCCGGGUCCUAUGCUGAAGCAGAUGCCCUCUCCUGGUGGCAGUGUGGGUGGCGUGGUUGGAGGAGUAGGAGGAGUAGGAGGUGUCGGUGGCGUUGGAAGUGUCGGUGGGGUUGGUGGUGUCGGUGGAGGAGUGUUCCCCCCUCAGAUUUCCCCACAGCAGCUGGCAAUGCUCAGCAACAUUUACCCCCAGAUGCAGCAGUUCCAUCUGGUACGUGGCUUAAAUCGCUAAAUGAUGAAUAGAGUCAUCACUUUGAAAUAUUGUCUGUUUCGCACAAAAGUGUGUGUCUGAAACUUUGAAUCGAAGAAACGUGGCGGAUGACAAGAAACUCAACCCCCAAUUAGGCUCACAUAGAUCCUCUUUGUGAGUAAUCCCCUAUUUAUUCUUUGUUUAUCCCUCUCGUUGGACAUUUCUUCCCACAGGCUUGUCAGCUCUUGCUACAACAACAGCAACAACAGCAGCAGCUUCUGCAGAAUCAGAGAAAGUUCCCUCAGCCUCAGCCUCUCAGACAGCAGCCAGACCCACAGCAGGUAAGCAUGAAUAGUUUCACACUGAUUUUACAGAGCAUUGUGGCCCUUGGCUGUCAUAUUUGACCAUAUUUUUCUCAUCAGGAAUUAAGCCAUGACUGCAGAUGACAGUUUUGAUCAUACUGCAGAUAAUGCAAAAUAGCAAGUAGUCACAUGCUGGUCAAAUUCUAGGAAUUAUUUUGUAUGAUUACAUCUCUCUUCAUAUCUACCUGAAUGCAGCACAAAACUUCAGACCUUGAAGGAGACCUGUUAUGCUGAUUCAGUUUUAACAACAUAUAAUAUUACAAUGUUAGAGAGCCACCCUAAACCUCUAAAGUUUUAAAACAUGAGAUAACAUGAAUGUUGGUGUAAUCCCCAGACAGGUUUUCCAGCUCCUCCUAACAUCUCAUUUUGAGAACUUUGCAAGUCUUGGCCAUCGCCUGACAUCAUGUUGUGUCGUUCAGUUAGGACAGAGUUAAAGGACACGCCCACCUGGAAGUUUUUUUAAUGACAUGACUGAAAGCUUUGCUCCCUUCUGCAAAUUUUGCAUCACUGCUCAGGUUUUCCCCCUUUGCUGCUCAUAGCAGACUCAGUAUGUCUCUGAUAGAUGCUUGCUUCUGGUUGUGAAGGUAAGCCACAGCUACUUUCUCUUCCCAGAGUCAAAGGUGCUAGAAAACAGCAGAAAGUUUCUAUAUUUUCAAGUCAACAGCAGCCAUGACGUAGCUGAAUGUGCUCUACACUUCCUUGUAAACAAAGGUCAGUAAUAGCCAGACUUGGGUCUCAACUGUUACUGAAAGCUGAGGCUGUUCCUAUCUAUAAUGACCUUUCUUGAAGGCUUAAAACCACAAAUAAUAAAAGCAGCUAAUGUAACAGUAAAUAACUACUGCUUGUAUGAUGCAUAGUGCUGGUCUCAAAUGUUUUCUGUAUAGGCAUAACCCAUGGGUUGUUUCAUGACUACUAAGCUGUGUGAAAAGUAACAUGAGGCAGGGUCUAACUUUGUUUCACUGAAAAUGCUGCCAAAAACAAAGAAGAGGACUUUAUCGAUGCUGGUACAAGAUGAGGCCUUGUUAGAGAGAAUGGCCUGUCAAAAACAUAAAAUUGCGUCCAUAUGACAAGGUCUCAAAACCAUGCAAGUGCACACAUAGAACAGUGCCUGAAUUAUUGUGGUAUGGAACGCCAGACCAGUAGUUAGCGGUACAACUUUGUUAAGAAACAUCAUUGAAGAAUGGCAAGUGCCUGCACAUGAAGCUGCGACAGAGCGAUGGGUUUACAUGAAGACAGAAGAGUCGGCAUUUAAAAAAUGUUCCCACCCUGGAACCCAGUUUCAAAAAUGUUGUGUUGUCAGCCACCCAAAAUGCUGUUUCAAUGUAAAGAUAAGGCCUAACGCGACAAUAGUUCUCAGUUUUUCAGCUCAGAAUAAGGCGAAGCUUCACUGACUAAAUGAAAGGUGAAAAUAGGUAUCAGGUUUUUUCUGUUACUUCAAAAACUCUGAAAUUGCACCAACAUGACUGCAACAAACCCUCUGACUUUUAAAACUCCGCAUUUUGGGUUUUUGUUCACUUGAACAGUUACAUAAUUCACUGUUUUUCUUCAGUUAUUGCUUCUCACUCCUUUUUUUUUAUAUGCAUGUGUCUUCCAGCUGGCAAGGAUCAUGGCUAUCCUGCAGCAGCAGAGGCAGCAUCAACAGGGUGGAGUCGCACCAGGCGGAGGGAGCUCCAAACUGUCCCCCUCUCAUCUGGGAGGAGGCCUUACCAAACAGCCCAUGGGGGACCCCCUACAGCACCCUGGGAUGGGGGGGGCCUUAUCAGACCUUCAUGCCAAAACACAAGGGAUGUACUCUGGUAAGUGCAAGUAUCAAAGUGUCAGUGUUUAAAUGGUGUGACACUCUGUGUAAAAUCUAUUUAUACAGACUGUUGCGGCUGUAACUGUUGCUAUAGCAUUGGUCCUUCUUAAAGGUCUUUAUCUCUAUAGUGCAGUCUGGGUGACACCACACACAAACCGCAAAGAGCGUACUCUCACCAAAGGUCUUAUUGAGACGAGCAGUUGGGGAAUAUAAUUGACUCAUAAGUGUUUGUGCUUCUGCUUGCUAGGGCUUGCUCCAGGCGGUAACCUGUCAGGCCUUGAGCUCGGUCCCAUGAUAGGAGGGAUGAAGGACACAGGAGGACAGCAGUCCCGCUUCAAAUGGAUGAUGGAGGGACACUCUCCUGCUCAAUCCCCCCCAGACACAACCCUUCACAAGAAUGGUGAGUUCACGACUGGUUCAUUUCAUUUCACACUCUGGAUAAAGACAUCUUCCAAGCAAUUGUCAAUCUGAUUUUGAGGAAAGGAGAAGAUUGGAGGACAUCUGAAAGCUGAAUUUCUUUUAAGAGUCUGCAUAUAUUUGGUUUCCUCCUAUGUGUGUCAUCCUUUAGGCCCUUUACCCAGUGCUUUAAAGGUGAGAGGAGGAUCCCCUUACUCCCAGUACGAAAUGUUGGGCGGGGAUAGUUUGGGAAUUCCUCCUCAAGGCUCUGCAGACAACUGGCACCGCACCCCUGGGAGUAAAAUGGGGAACAAACCUGCCACAUCGAGCUGGCCACCAGGUGAGAGUAUUUUUGUCGUAGCCAAGCUGUUAAAGCCUUGUGAAGAGUAAUCAAAACAUUUUUUUUUUCAUUAUGGCCAAAAAUUAUCUACAAAUAAAGGGUUAAAAGUCCUGGCAAAACUUUGUCACCAAAUCCUCGACAAUCAACACAGACACAACCACAGAAUUUGAUAUUCUGUUAUUUCUUUAUGUAGACAUUGGAUAUCAUUUUUAUUGAUCAAAACCGUCUCUUUUGUCACAGAGUUUCAGCCUGGUGUUCCCUGGAAAGGUAUCCAAACUGGUGGAGACCCAGAAUCUGAUCCCUACAUGACUCCCGGCGGUGUUCUUGGUUCCCCUGGACCCCCAAACCUUAACGACUCUGACCACCAGUUAUUGCGAGACAACAUAGGUAUCAGACCGCAUUUUGAAAAUAAUAAGAUGUGCACUGAUUUUGGUUUAAGCAUUGGCGUUUGUUUCAUGAAGAGAUCUGAAAGGCAUUAGAUUAUAUCCCACGUGAAAGCAAAGAAAAAAUACAAGGGUUUUGUACUCUAGUGUAUUAAACAAGUAAAAGCUGUUCGUCAGAGCUUAGGUUAUCUUUGGAAGCCACUGUCUUUCCCGUGUCGGUUGGCAAUUAUCAUUAAGUCUAUUCACUAAUGGAACAUUUUUGGUGAACAAUGACAAGCUGUUUUGUUGUCUGAACUGAAGCCACAAAACGGGACCUCAGAUUUCAGCCUAACACCACUUCAGAUCCCCGCUGAUGGUGUUUCCAGAUUGCCAUCUCAAGUAUCAGCUGAUCAACAUUGUAAAACUUUACAGCCAUGUAAGGUGUGAACUUUAAACCAGAGGAAACAUCAGUGUUUAUGAACAUCUGUAGACGUGUUGUCUCAGACUUAGUUCAACUUUCAGGCUCCAACUGCAGCUGACUUUAGAUUUUCUUAUUUAUUUCCUUCAACAGGGUUUCUUUCAGAUAACUGUCUUCCAUGUUUUGCAGGGCCAAACCCCACCCUCAACACCUCGCUGCCUUCACCUGGUGCCUGGCCCUACAGUGCCUCAGACAGCCCCCUCAGCAAUGCACACAGCACAGGUUUACACUUCGAUUUUUCCAAACUUGGUUUAUAAUCUUUCAAUUUAACCUCUGAGUCUCUCCUGUUAUAAUUUCAGUGUGAUUCGCAGUGUUUCUUUUUCACUCUGUCACUGUAAAUGAGUUUGCAGUAUGUUUAGUCUGUAUACAAGUUGUUCCAAGGAGCUGGAUGUACUGUGUUUUCUUAACUCCCAUUUCUGAGGUCUGUUUGUCAAAAAUCAUUUCCCCCUCUUUCUCCCACCUCCCCAUUUCCUCUUCAGGAAAGUACUCGGAGUACAAACCCAGCUGGCCCCCAGAGCCCAUCGGACAAAACAAGUUGUGGAAGACCAAUCGCAACAGCUCACAGCUGCCACGCCCCCCUCCUGGCUUAACCAAUCAGAAGCAGGCCUCGCCCUCCCCAUGGGGAAGUGGAGGCCCACGUUUGGCACGAAGCUGGGGAGGGAGCGGGAUAAAUCAAGAGUCAAGAUUUGGGCCAGGUGCUGUCUAUAGGGACUGAUAUCACAUUUCAGAACCAUUUGUCCAUUUUGUUGAUUACAUAGACAGGCUGUGGAGGGAAGGUCUCAACAGCGAUAUGAUUUGUGAAUAAAAGUUGAACUAAACCUGGUGUUAAAGUUUUGAUCAGAGAAAUGCAUUCAUCUUCAGAGUAAUCUUUACUCGUCAUCAGUUGUGACGUCCUCCGUGAUACUCUUGUUCUUCAUGUCUUGUCUUCUUUUUUUUUUCUUUUAUUUCUACAGGCUCAGCUUGGAGCGAUGGUGUUGCCUCCAGGGGCAGCUGCUGGUUGCUGCUGAGCAACCUAACGCCUCAGGUACGAGCUGAAAAGAAGAUCAAGAGAUAGUGAUGGAGAUAAAAACAAAAAAAAAACUGCACUAAAGACUUUCAGCAACACUGCAGCCCUUUGAAUCUGUUCUCUGUGAAAAGAGAGAUUUAACUGGAGCACGCUGCUCUAUCAUCGUAAGGUUUUCUAUUUCUCACAUCCACAGCUGCAGUAUUUAUAUAUUCUGGCUGUAGGAUAACACCUUGACCCAAACAGAUGUUUUAAAAACAAGUCAAAAGCUUUAUUUGCUCAUUCGUCUGUCAUCCUCUUUGAUCAGUCUUAUGCAAAUGAGGAGUGAUGCGUGACCCAGCUGUAAUUGGAUUAUGAAGUUGGAUGAGCCAUUUAAUCAAUUAGAGUUUGCACACAUGACACUGCUCCAGGAGGAAAAACAGGAUCAUACGUUUAACUAUUGUUUCAGUUAUUGCACAACAUCAAAGUUAUUGCUGACAUAACAAGUCUAUUUGAUAGCAUGUGUGACAUAAUUUCAGAAGCCACAAUCUAACCUGUGGAAACAUAACUUAUUAACAGACAGCUCCCUAUGCACAUAAUCAUUGUGUUAUAACCUCCAUGACCUUUGUCUGGCAGACCAGUGCAGUAGUGCUGUCAAAUCACUCACACAAGCUUUUACAAGUGCUUUUAUCCUCCUUUCCCUGCAGAUUGAUGGCUCCACACUGAGGACUAUCUGCAUGCAGCAUGGUCCCCUGCUGACCUUCCAUCUCGGCCUGACCCAGGGCAGCGCUCUCAUUCGCUACAGCAGCCGGCAGGAAGCAGCCAAGGCCCAGGGUGCUCUUCACAUGUGGGUUGACCUGGACCCUUGCUAACAUUUAUUGAUUUACACUGAUCAUGCUCUAAUUGGUCUAAAGAGCCUUGUCUUGUCUUGUUUCUCCCUUUCAGGUGUGUUCUGGGCAACACCACAAUCCUGGCGGAAUUUGUUGGGGAGGAGGAAGUCGCUCGUUAUUUUGCACAUUCCCAGGCUGGAGGAGCAGAGGGGGCUAGCUCAGGAGCGGCAGCUGCCAGUGGGACGCAGGGUUCAUCUGGAUCAGGCACAGCUGUGGCCAGCAGUGGAGGUAGCUCCCCGGGGAAUGAGCGGGCAGCAGCGGGCGUGACUUCAGGUGGAAAUGGAACCGGCGGUGGUGGAGUGGAGAGCGUAUCAGCUGAUCUCGGUAGUGUAAGGUCCUCUGGCUCUGCCUGGCAGGGUCUUGAUGGUACAGGCAGUUCUGCAGAAACCUCUUCAGCCCAAGGACCUGGGCUGGCGAUCUUUUCUCAGUGGGGCUCCAACGGGGCAGGGGAAGGUGGAGGUGUGGAGGGAGUAGAGUCUGGGAGGUCUGGACUCUGGGGGGGCAUGGCUACAGGAUACCCAAGCAGCAGCCUGUGGGGGGCACCACAAAUGGAGGAAAGGCACCAAUUGGACAGCCCUGCCGCUUUGUUGCCUGGUGACCUGCUGGGAGGAGGAGCAGAUUCCAUCUGAUGAGCCCCCUUAAUUAUUUUGUGUUGGUUUGGACACUGAUACAGCAUACACUGGGAUACAUAUGUACUUAUUAUAGCACACACACACGCGCACACACUUACAUGAAAUGCAUAUUAAUGUAAUACACAUCUACACACGUGCAGACAUUUACAUCAUAUGCAUAUUAAUGUGCACACACCUAAAGCAGAAAUGUGAGACAUGUAUACACAUUCUUGUGGCCAGACUUAAGCUAUUAUAUAAACAAAUGCAGGGACUGUUAAAUGUGUAUACAGCCUUUUUCCACAGAUGAAGAUUUCAACUGCUUAGACUUGAAACCUGAAAAAGAAUGAAAAGUCAGUUGGUCUGAAAGACCAGACUGGAUUUCAAUGUGCUCAGUAAAUAGGGGACUUUUCAACAGAUUUACAUAUACAUGCACACACCAAAUACAGACAAGCCUUCAGACAGAUGGGCACUGUAAACAGCAUUACCUUCAUCGUAUAAGAGAACUUAAAACUACUACAUGAUGUGAGGUUUAAGUGCAGUUUUGUAUUCACGUCCCCUUAAAAAUGGAGACCGAAUCCAAACACAUGCAAACAGCUCUGAUUGAAAACAGAACUGUAUCUUACUGUGUAUGUUAAGUUAGUUUUUUCUGUUUGUUUGUAUGUAUGGUUUUAGUUUUUGAACAGUGAAAAUAUUGAAAAUGUCAUUGUUCUGUUUUCAAAAUGCUGACCUCCUACUGUUGUAUCUCAUGCACUCUUUCUCUGUUAUUCUCUCUUGAACAUGUUUGUUACUGUUGCAGUGAUAAAUGUUAAAAUUGCUGGCAGUUUGAGGCUAUGUUGCAUUUCUCCAUGUGUUGAUACUGUUUGUAGUAUCAUACACACUAUAUGGACAUGAGUAUGAAUGAGAUUGAGACCAAGUAAGUGGAUUAAACCACCACAGUUGUUGUGCGUGUGUAUGAGUGUGAGGAUAAUGUGUGUGUGCAUGUUACUGCCUGUCAUAAUGUGGGCAAGGCUGCUUACUAUACAGAAGGUCUAUACAAAAUGUUUUGAGUGCAUUCGGUAUACUGCUGACUGUGUGUUAAGAAAUAUUGGCACUAAUGCUUUUUUUCUCUCAUUUGAAGUUUUUUUUUUUUUUUUUUUAGCAGACUUGUCUUUUUUAUUGUCCGACCUGCAAUAAUAAAAAAGAACAUUUUAAUGACACAAAGAGCUGAAGGCAUAUAUGAAAAAAUGGACAUGCCAAAUCUUAUCAAACUGUGUGGAGUGGGAGGGGGGUGGGACGGGUUGUUUACAGAUGCAGAGUAAGAGUUACCGUACGUUUUUAAUGUUCUGUUGUUGUGUAUUCGUUUCAAAUUAAGACAGGCUUUAACGCUCCUGUUCAGUGUUUUCGUUAUGAGAUUUUACAAAGGAAAAAUUUAUUUAAACAAAUGAGAACAAGAUUAAUAAAGAUGAAAGUAUUGGCUUCUAAA